AUGCGUAUUUCAUGGGUUCUCAUCACGGCCGCGCUUUCAUGGGCCCCUACAGCCUGGGGCUUCAACCAUCCCACCUCCACCUCAUACACCUUUGAUGAGCUCUGGGAUCUCGAAACCAAAUUCUGGGACAACUUCCUCUACCCAGCCAACGUCCAACAAAUGCUAGCCAUCAACUCGACCUUGUUCACUGCAGAUGUCCAAGGCCGAGUGGACAUCACCCGAGUCUUCAACGGCAGCGAACUCAACACCGAAUACCUCUUCGGUCUCUUCUCCGAUCCCGACCACGUCAGCCUCGUCGGCGUCCCCAUCGCCUACAGCAUCACCCAAUUCAGCGGCAACGGGAACAUCGCCUCGGCCACCACGGUGGUCACCUUCAACGCCACCUCCUUCAACAACCUCCUCAUCCCCGUCACCAUCGACACAUGGAUCAUGUGGGAUUCCAACGGCCAAAUCGAACAAUACGACGCCACGUUCCGCUGGUUCGGAUUCCUCCUCGACACCCUCGUCAAUGCCCUAGCCACAUCCAUCAACGGCACUAUCGCCGAAGCCACCGCAUCUCUAACCCAACUUCUCGCGACGACGAUCUGCGCCACUCAUGAUCAGUACUGCACAGGCGAUAACCAGCAGUAUACCAACUCGUCCACAUGUUAUGAUUUCUUGACGCAGGAUAUCCCCCUGGGUAAAGACUACGAACUAGGACGGAAUACGCUGUUGUGUCGAGAAGUGCACGAGCAUAUGGUGCAAUAUGAUCCGGCACUGCAUUGUCCGCAUAUUGGGCCCACGGGGGGAGAUUAUUGUGUGGAUGAUCAGACGUAUGCGGAGAAGGUCUUGCAGAAGUAUUUUAGGAAGUCGUGGAUUGCGGGGGGUGCAGGUGAGUAUGAUGAUCAGGAUAUUUGGUUGUAGUUGGAUUGUGGGUGCAGUGGGUUCUGG